AUGCUGCGUCUGGCUGCUUUUGCAGCACUGCUGCUGUUCUUCAGGAUCAGUCUGGAGCUGUCCUGGGCCCAGGCCAUCCCUGCUCUCUUCAUCUUCUACCUGGGAUCUGGUGGAUGGGACUUCUUCCUCAUAUUCAUCAAGACAAUACGAAGGGACGUCACCACGGGGCUGGUCCUCUUGCGGGUGAAGUGGCAAGUAUGGAGGCACGUGAGGGAGAAGAACACAAUUGCCAAGAUCUUCCAGAAGACCGCAAGCAAGUAUCCAGAGAAGACAGCACUAAUCUUCCAAGGCACGGGCGAGAGCUGGACCUUCCGGCAGCUGGAUGAGUACUCCAACCAAGUGGCCAAUUUCUUCUACAGCCAAGGCUUCCGCUCUGGUGACGUGGUGGCUCUUUUCAUGGAGUCCCGCAAUCAGUACGUGGGGCUGUGGCUCGGCUUGGCCAAGAUUGGGGUGGAGACCGCCCUUGUGAAUUCCCACCUGCGCAUGGAGGCCUUGCUGCACUGUAUCACCAUCUCCAACUCCAAGGCUGUGGUUUUUGGGGUGGAGAUGAUGGAAGCAAUGCAAGAAGUGCAGCCCUCCCUGGAGAAAUCUAUCCAUCUGUUCUGGUCUGGGGAAGCAAGCUCUGAGUCCGCACUUCCUGGUGCAAAACACCUGGACCCCCUCCUGCAGACAGCCCAGCGGCACCAGCCAACCCCCCCUGAUAAGGGCUUUCUUGAUAAACUCUUCUACAUCUACACCUCUGGCACAACAGGGCUGCCCAAGGCUGCCAUUGUGGUGAACUGCCGGUACUUCCGCAUGUCCAGCUUAGUUUUUUACGGUUUCCGCAUGAGGCCCGACGAUGUGAUGUACGACUGCCUCCCGCUCUACCAUGCUGCAGGGAACAUCGUGGGGGUCGGGCAGUGCCUGCUGCAGGGCAUGACGAUUAUCAUCCGCAAGAAGUUCUCAGCCUCGCACUUUUGGGAGGACUGCGUGAAAUACAACUGCACGAUUGUGCAGUACAUCGGGGAGAUCUGCCGCUACCUGCUGCACCAGCCACUCCCGCCCCCCCAGCCAUACCAGGAGGUGGAGCGGCAGCACCGGGUGCGCAUGGCGCUGGGCAACGGGCUGCGUGCCUCCAUCUGGCAGGAGUUCAUGGCCCGCUUUGGCAUCGCCCAGGUGGCUGAGUUCUACGGGGCCACCGAGUGCAACUGCAGCCUGGGAAAUUUCGACAACAAUGUUGGGUCAUGUGGCUUCAACAGCAGGAUCCUACCAGGUGUGUACCCUAUCGCCUUGGUACGGGUGGAUGAAGACACCAUGGACCUGAUCCGGGGGCCGGAUGGUGUCUGUAUCCGCUGCAAACCAGGGGAGCCGGGGCAGCUGGUGGGCCGCAUUGUCAAGAGCAACCCCUUGCAGCACUUUGAUGGCUACCUGAAUCAGUCAGCCACAAACAAGAAAAUUGCCAAGGACGUGUUUACAAAAGGGGAUGCUGCCUAUCUCACAGGGGAUGUCCUGGUGAUGGACAAAUAUGGCUACAUGUACUUCCGGGACCGCACUGGGGACACGUUUCGCUGGAAAGGGGAGAACGUUUCCACCACAGAGGUGGAGGGGACGCUGAGCCGCAUCCUCAACCUAACGGACGUGGUAGUUUAUGGGGUGGAGAUCCCAGGGAUUGAAGGGAAGGCAGGAAUGGCAGCCAUUGUUGACCCGGAGAACUCCUGUGACUUGGAAGGCUUUGCUAGCGAGCUGAAAAAGGCCCUUCCGCUGUACGCACGGCCUGUGUUCCUGCGGUUCCUGCAUGAAGUCUCCAAGACAAGCACUUACAAGUUCCAGAAGAUGGAGCUGCGGAAGCAGGGCUUUGACCCCGCGCUGGUGAAGGACAGGUUGUACUUCCUGGACUCCAGGCAAGGCCGCUACCUGCAGCUGGACGAGGCAGCAUUGAGCAGGAUCCAGUCGGGACAGCAGAAGCUGUAACUGGUGGGACUCAAGCAAGACACCUCCCCAAAUCCUGCUGGGGAGAGAGGGGCAAGGCAGACGCUGGGGAAGAAAAGGUUCAAGGAGCGAUAUAAAGGCAUGCUAGAGAUUUUAUUUGAUGAGUUUUACAGAUCAUGGUUUGGGGGGAACACGGGGGACCGAGGGGAGGGAGAUGGUUACAUACCAAAGCAUAGACUCAUUAUGGCUUUAUUUUCUACUUGGUACAGCGGUGGUGGUCCUGUGCCACAGGAGGGGCAGUGCCCUGGCCAGUUGAGUAGGGAUGGGGUGCCUCUGCCAUUCCACUUUGCUUUUCCUGUCUUUCCCUCCCUUUUCCUGCCUGCAGCAACCCACCCUUGUGAAGGCCAUGAAGGGACCAGUGCUGGGCUCUUUCCCCACUCCUCCACCAAGAAGCCAGCUCCUCCUUGGCACAGGGCCCCUGCUGGCAGAGGGAAGCUGGGUGCCAGGCGCAGGCCCUGCCCCCUGCGUGGACCGCUGGUGUUGUGUUUCUGCUGUGAAUCAGGGGAGCAGGGUAGUGCUGGGCUCAGGAGAGGGACAGGGACGUGUUUCUGCCAUGCCUUGCUCUCUCCUGGGGAUGACAUUUCUAUUUUUCACAAUCACACGCACAUUAUA